AUGAAGGAAAAUAAUUCCAAUGAUCAUAUAGGCGAGGGCAGCAUUCCAGCUGCUGGUGAUGCUCUGCCCAUCCCUUCCGAGACUGCUGCAGCGGACUCUGUCAGCCCAGAGGCCUACGGACUCAGUCUGGAGUAUCAACCCAUUGACGAGAUUCUUGCCUCGCUUCAAAACUAUACCGAGGUUACUCCCAACUCCGAGGCCGCAUACAGCCUCGAAUUGAAUGCCCUAUUAGCACACGACCGUCAAUUUGCAUUUGAAAACCAAGAGCGCGAUACUAAUGCGAUGUCAUUGACUGAAGGGCUCUAUCGAAACCGGGCUGGUCGAAAUGGAAUGGCUACAUUCCGAGGCCCUACUAAACCUCUCCCACACCCGAAAGUAGCUGCGCUUCGCCGACGCGGGAAGCGCGAUGGACGACGGAAAAACCGAACCCCACCCAGCGGAGUCGGAACGCCACCCAGACCCAGAGGAGGAGCCCAGGGAAUUCUUGGAAGACGUGGGAGGGAUGCCGCGGAAGAUGCGGAAGAACAAGCCAGGCCGACGAGCAGGAUGAGGCUGGCUUGA